UUAAGUGUGUGUAGCAGUCAUUUGAUUACAAAUUAUAUAUUAAUGGUACUAAAUAUUCAAAAAUAGUUUAUUUUAAGGUACAGGCUCGUCCCACCAAAAAAUUAUGAACGUUAAAAAAUGACGCCAUCCUCGUUCGCACAGUUGACCUGUGGAGUAGGCUGUUCCUGUUACAGUGGGAGAUAUGAGGGCAAUUUGGCCAGACGAAAUUAAAACCUAGUUAUAGAUUGUUAUUUAUUUUGAGUUUAAUAUUCGCUCAGAGAAUGCGUCAGUGACUGUGUGCACAAAGCAGGCACUUGAGAAAGGUUACCGCUAUGGCCCAUUCAAAGGUAGACUGAGAAUGGUAGAUAAAGAUGACAAUGUACCCUUCGGCACAUGGAAGAUCUACCCAUUAGACGAGAAUGACAAGGUAUAUAACCUAUCCAGUGCUGAUGCAACAAUCCCACAGUGGCUGCAUUUCAUCAGACAGACCCCAAACAAAGAACAAAGUAACAUGACCCUCGUCCAAGUCAGUAAGAAGUUUUACUUUGAGAUGACCAAGGACGUUGCCGAGGGUGUGGAAUAUGCUGUGAUGGGUCGCAGGUCAGAUACAGGAGUAGAGGGUACAGAAGUGGUCGCUCCUCCUCAAGGCAAGAGACGAGGCAGGAAACCAGGACCUCUCUACACUCCAGAGGAACUCCUGGCAAGGAGAGAACAAAAAAAGAAAGAGUUGGAGGAGCGAUUACGUCGGACCUCUACCCGUGAUCGCAGCAGACGCUGCAUUGAAUGUGGAGUGUCUUUCACAUCAGCCAUCCUUUUUAUGAGGCAUAGAGGCACAUGCGGACUCCUGAAGGAAGAGGAUCUUCUAACAGACUCCUCAGAAGGAAGUGAAAACACUGAUGAUGAGAUGGAGAGAGAUCUAGAGGAAGGUGAGGAGGAGGAAGGAGGAGACGAAGGAGGGGAGGAGGAAGAGGAGGGUCAGGCUAAGGCUAUGGAGGAGACCCUUGAAGGAGAUGAGGAAGCAGCUGCAGAUGAAGUGGGUGAUGAUGGUACUGCAGACCAGCUAGCGAGAGACGUAAACCAACUCAUCGCGGGAAUAGAAGGUGAUGCUGGAGAGGAAAGUGAAGCGAACAUCCUAGCGGUAUCCACAGCCGAUCAGCAACAAGACAUGCCACUCAUACCUAACCCAUUGCUCCAUGAAAUCCGCAACCUCGCAUCCGUCGUACCAGUCCUGGCAAAGCGCCCACGGGGGCGGCCACGCAAGGACGGCCAGCCACCAAUUCAAAGAAAGAAACGUAUGCGGAAGCGGAGGAAGCGUCGUCAUUACAGCGACAGUGACGACCGCCAACCGAGCAAACAGCUGAAGGACGAGUGCAUUCCAACCCUAGCCGAUCCAGAGAAGUACCCCUUCACCUGUGAGACAUGUGGGAAGUUCUUCCCAACCAAGAGCUGGUUUGAUAUGCAUACAGAGCAGCACACACAGCCUGGGCUCACGUACCUUGUGUGCAACCUUUGCGACAUGGCCUUCCGUUUCUUAACCGAACACACAUGGCAUAUGGAAGAGACUCAUCAGUUGGACAAACGAGGACAGGUUCUUUCAGAGAAGUUCCGAUGUGAUUCUUGCAAGAAACCAUUCCGCUCUCCUAUUCAUUUGGAAAGACAUCGAAGAAGAGCAGCUGAAGAAGAACCUUUGCCCAAAGGUCCGGUGCAGAUCAAGUGUAAGUUCUGUGAGAAGAGUUUCUCAAUGGAGUUAGGUCUUGAGAAUCACACAGAGAAACAUCAUCUAGAGUACAUGAGAUACCAGUGCACAGAGAAUGACUGUCUUGUCACGUUUAGCUCAAAAGAGGACCGUGCAGCUCACCUUGAAGGUUUCCACAUGACAGAUUGUAAACAGAUCUACAAAUGUCCAGUGGAACAAUGCUACAAGGCAUACACUACAAUGGCUGCAUUGAACUAUCACUACGAACUAAGACACACAGGAGCAAGUCGUCCGUUUCAGUGUGAAAUUUGUGGCAAACGAUGGGUAAAAAUUGGCAAGCUACGAGAACACUUGAAGACCCACAGCACUGAGAAGAAUGAGUUGUGCGACAUAUGCGGGAGAGCGUAUAAAUCACGCCCUGAACUGAAAGAUCACCGCAUUGAAGCACAUACUGAAGGUGGUAAGAUCAAGCUUCAAUGUCGUUUCUGCCCCGCCCAGUUCAGCAGAAGGAGCUCGCGUUCGUACCAUGAGAAACGGCACAAGAAUGACUUCCCAUAUGUCUGUCCGAAACCUGGCUGCAACAAACGCUUCAUCGCUGUGAUUGAUUACAAGCGACAUCUCAUCUUCCACACAGGUGCCAAGUUGUACCGCUGUCGCUUCUGCAAUAAUUGCUUCACUCGUAGUGACUAUCUGAAAGGUCAUGAGAAGAAACACCACCUAAGAGGAGAGAAACUCAAUCCUGGUCCAUCCACGGAGGAGACUGUCACAAUCAAGGUGCCCUGGCAAAUGGAAAAGGGGGUUAGAAUCCAUGGGCAGAAUGUUGUUGUGAUCAUAGAGCCAGAUCCAGCAUUAGCUGACGGACGACUCACUGAAGAAGCCAUCUCAGCACUGGAAACACUACAUGAAGGAGAAGGUAACCAGACAUUAAUGACAGACUCCUCAGGUCAACAAAUUAUAACCUCUAUAGCAGAGGUCCCGACCCACACCACAGAUAUCCUGCAACAAGCUGCAGCAGAGGCAAUGCAGCAAGAAGAUGUUCAAGAGCAGCCAAUGCAACUGCUGCAGUUUGCACCUAGCAACCAGUCAACAAUCAACUAUGUCCAUGGAAACUCUGCAUCUGCAGCUAUACAGGAGGCCGUGCUUCGAGCAAUGAAUGCACAGCAUCAGCACAACGGCAUAGAUACCGGCACCACCCAUCAGAUCCUUCUGCAGACCGGCGAGGGUGAAGAGACAACUGCGUUCUUACAGCACGCCCUCGAUGGUGAGACACAGAUCAUGCAGACAACCAGUAGUGAGCAGGCUGCUCUAAUGCUGCAAGAGCUGGCCGCAAAUGGUGCACAAGUUGUGUUCCAGCCGUCCGGCAACUCAAUCGACAACACCACAACAAUGCAAGCAACGUUGCAAGGGGAAAAUGGCGAAACGAGCAUCGUCAUGGUUAAUCUUGGUCCUGAAAUGGUGACUGAAGUUGACGGUGCAACAUCUACCAUUACUAUACCCAUGACCUCUGAACAAAUGACUUCUGAGGUCAUGACCUCUGAACAAAUGACUUCUGAGGUCAUAACCCCUGAACAAAUGACUUCUGAGGUCAUUACCCCUGAACAAAUGACAUCUGACGUCAUAACCUCUGAACAGAUGACUUCUGAGGUCGUAACCUCUGAACAGAUGACUUCUGAGGUCGGAACUGCAGAACAAAUGUCUUCUGAGGCCAUAACCUCCAAUGAUAUAACACCAGAAGCUAUGACCUCUGAACCAAUAACCACUGAACCGUUAACCACUGAACCGUUAACCACUGAACCGUUAACCACUGAACCGUUAACCACUGAACCGUUAACCACUGAAGCCGAAAUCUCUGAAUCUAUUCCACCUAUACCAUCUGAAUCCAUCAUCACAACUACGACAGAUGAAAUCAUCACACACAUCACACCUGCAGCUGAAGAAAUGACCCAUGACCCGGUGCACUCUGACCCAACACAAACCGUUGUCUUGGAGGAUGUUGUGAUUGAACAGGAAGAAGAGGAGGUGAAUACGGAAGCAGAGAUGCAAGCACUCGCCAAGGAAUGGCAGAGAGAGAACAUCAUUGUAGAGGAAGUCAACACAGAUGAAGUCUUAUGAAAAGGAAAACCAUUUGAAAUUAUUUGUUUGUUAAGGCGUGUCUGAGAGAAUGGCUUUUGGCAUUGGCUAGGUCGUAACACCCAAAAUUUAUAUUUUUCACUGUUGUCGCUGAUGCUAACUGCCUUAGUUUAUUUGGUAUGGUUGAUAAAUCCUUGUAAUUUUGUUUAAUUUGUUAGAGGAAAGACACAAUUUGCUUUCCUUCUUUUUCUGCUCAUUGGAAAAAUCUCCUAACACUUUUAAAUUUAAAGGAGCCCUAGAACAUACAUAUUUGUGUAAAGAUAAGACCCACCAAACAAAAUCCAUGUUUCUUUUUGCUAGGCACUUUGGGAAAUAAAAAUCAACAAUUACAUGAACGAAACCAGGAGCUCAAACAUUUUGCUAAAUGAAUACACUACAAGAGUUGAUUAUAGUCAAUGUAUUUGUACGGCCCGUCUAGUUACCAAGAAAGAUAUCACACACACAAAAUAAAAUAAGGAAAGUAGGUGAUUACAAAUUGCACUCCAACCAAGAUGACCUCGUGUAUUUGUUUUGGCCUCAUAUUUGGACCUUAAAAUAGAUUCUGUCUCAAGGCCUAUCUAAGAGAAAGACACUGCUGGGCUCAAAACAUAAAUCCAUUCAUAAAAAAAAACCUGGUGCAAAACAUUUCAGUUAGUUCUUGCAGGAUAAAACAAUUGACAUCAGGGCUCUAUUCCAUAGAGAUCUAAGAUUGAUCUCAAGUGCAAAUCACUCUUAAUUUUCAAAUAAAAUCAUAAUUCAAAUAAAUUUGUUAUGAAAUCGAGCGCGAAUUUAAUUAAAUCAAGCCCAAUUUUAACCGUAAAUUUGUUUAAACUUCUCUGAUGAAUUUGGUGAUGAGAUUAUUAAUCAGAUUAAUUACUGUCAAUUUCAUCUAAUUCAAUCAAAUUUAUCAGCAGUGAAAGUUGUGAAACAAAAAUUGGGAUGUGCCCAUCAUAACUUCUAUUUAAAGACACUGGACACUAUUGGUAAAUGUCAAAGACCAGUCUUCUCCGUUGGUGUAUCUCAACAU